AAUUAAGUAGCACCAUAUGCUUCCAGACAUUUUUCUACAGACCAGAAUUAAUGACAAACAUUGACUUUCAUAAAAUCUCCUAAGAAAGUUUUUUUUCCUGUGUUGGGAGUUAUUGCCUUGCUAUUUAUAGGAUAAUGAGAAAGGCACACAGUUUAAUUUAUUCUAUUGCAUCCACUGUCACUCCAAAGUGCAAAGUGCGUGUUUGUGUGUGUUUAUCACCAACAUUCAGCGCGAAUCAAUUAUGUUUGUACCGCGCCUCUGAACUCAUCCAGUCUCAAGGGUUGACUCCCCCACGUGAUGAAACAGCAGCUACUGUACCUCUCAAUGAUGGAGUCGGAAGAGGCAAGGAUAAAUGGUCAAAUGUAGGAGCAGCGCCAGUUUACUUGAAAACAGAGUCGACCACGGUUAUUUCAAGGUAGAUAACCGAACUAGCCAAACCUAAUCGCUUUGUGAUCCCACCUUGUGCACGGGACCGCAGCCUAGAUCUAGUCGGGUACCUGGGGAUGCGAUGGGAGAGCGAGUACCGCAGAGAUGAUGCGUUUUGUACUGGAUUGCUUGCGGACGCCAAGGCAACGGGCACCCUGCAGUGAGAGGGACCAGGACUUUGUGGAACAGGACCAGGGUGUCAUUCAGAAGACUGGAGAAAUCAAAGACCUGCAGGAUGCAGUGCAGCAGGAAGUCAUUGAGCUGCAGGAGCAGCGGGGCGACCGCCAGGAGCUGGAGGAGACCCUGGAGAAGCUGGAGCAGCACAGGGUGGAACUGGAGGAGCAACUCAAACUGACCAGGCUGGAGUGCGUCCAGGAGAGCCAGCAGAUCCUGUCCUUGCAGGCGGAGGAGGUGGCCAGGGAGACAAAGGUGGAGGAGUAUGAGCGGGAGCUGGCCAGGGCCAGGAGGAAACUCAAACAGCUGAAGAUGGAGGUCAGAAAGGCCCAGGGGAAGGUGGAGGAGGCGGGUGAGCGCACCAUUCCUCUGGAGGAGUCCAUCAGCCAAUCAUACGAGGAGAUUUUACAGGAGGAGCAGACGUUCAGUACACUGAGGAGUGAGCGGACGGGAGAUGCAACACUGCCAGACCACCAGCAAGUGGAGUCAAACGACACAUCUCCCAGCAGCCUCAGGACAGAGGACGGAACUCUGGAUGUACCCGAUGUACCAGCCAGGUCAUGGGGCAGGAGCCAAUCACUGCCUGUCUACGCUGAAAUCCUGGCAAACCUUGGGUGUGCAGCUCGCGCUAAGGACGGAUUGUCUUAUACACAAGAAGAGGAGGAGGAGGAGACACCUGUACCAAGCACACCAAAGCAGAUAGAUAAGGGAGAAGAGGAAGAGAAAGUGGAGGAGGAAGAGAAAAUUUCCCAGACACGAUCCACCAGUAGCAUAGCAGUCGAAGAUCUAGACUUCUACCACCCCGACCCCUUCAUUCACUGUGAAUCUGAACAUGACCUUUUCAAAGAUGACGACUUCUUUGCCAAUACAGAUAAAUCUGAUGAUGACCCGUUCAAAGGCACGGACCCCUUCGCUGCAGACAUUCUCUUUCCAGAGGGGACAGAGGAGCCAUAUCCAUCCUCUGACCCUUUCCCAGACACCCCUGCCUGCCUGGAACCUGGAUUUAACGAGGACACAGACAACAGCCUCUCCUGCCCUGAAAACAAAGCCUCUACCGGCACACAGUGCUUUGAGUCCGAGUUCCCCGACGAGGAUGAAUCCAGUGACAUAGAAAUAAGUUACAGCAGGGAGGAUCUGGACACUGUUCACACGAACGCUGUUGAACUCUCCUUCGUUGAGCCCAAAACCUUGAUCUUGACCGAACGCUUGGGUUUCAAGCCCAUCUACACAGCUCAAACCUGUUCUUUGGACACUGAAUUAGAUGAUGCAGAUGAACCCGGCUUAGCUUUGGGACGCCAACCCUUCAGUGAAUCAUCCCGGGCCAACACCUGGGCUGCCGGGCCCAAUUUAUCCACCGAAUCGGACCCUAAUGGAUACGAGUUUAAUAUCAACGCAGUAUCCCCACCUUCCGACAUAGAAGAGAUUGACAUCACUCUUGGAUCUAUACAGGUUGGCUUUGACGUUGUGUGUGACUCUGUGGAACUCAGCUACCCUGUUGGGAUUCAGGCCUGUGACUCAGAACCUGCCGGGACUGGUGGAUGCGACCUUCCUGAACCCAGCCCUCCUGUGCCCAUCCGCCCGGUCCGUCCACCUAGACGCCUCAAAGGGGGAGCGUCAGCUGUGCUUGUAGAAGAGCCUGACAAUCCCAAAGCUGAACGCUGUGAUCCAGGUUCUUCCAACCGCUCAGCUGAUUCAGAGCUGGACAGUGCUAUCGGGAUGGACCCUCUUAUCAGCUCAGCUGAACACAACAGUAAAUUCAGCUUCAGCAACAACAGUCUCGAGCUGAACUAUGAACCCAGUAGUCAAACUUCGUACAACUAUGGAUUCAAACUCAGCCCUGAACACCACAGCGAAGAGAUUCUCGAUCCUUUUGGCACUGAACUCAGCGAUGAAGAGGCCGACAACCAAGCCUCAUUUGAUCCAUAUGAAUUUGAGCCUACCGCUCAACCUGAGACCCAAGACAAGUUCGACCCUUACGAGUUUGGACAAAAGCCUCAUGCCACCAACCAAGACACAUUUGACCCCUAUGGUUUCAAACUCGUAAGUUUUGAGACUGACAACCAAGCUAUUGUCGACUUACACAGCGGCGAUGGUACCAACCUUAAAGACAACAAUAACAGAACCAAACGGGACCCCUUUAGCUUUGAUUUCAGUAACGCAGCAUCAAUGGACCACUAUAGUUCAGACCCCAGUAAUACUGCAACAAUGGACCUCCUAGGUCUGGAACUCAGCAGAGCCAACAGUGUUGCUGAGUCAGACUGUAACAAUCCUACAGUGUCUGACCCAUUAGGAACAGUACAAAUCAUGGCAACUGGAAGCAACCUGUUAGACCUGGACCUUGUGUUUGGAAGCAGUAGUUAUGGAAACCCUGAGGUUGCCCCUGAGCUCGACCCCUGUGAGCCUAGACAGGGAAACCCUGCUGGUCCAGACAACUUUGCGUUCAGAGCGAGAGACACCGCCCACUCCGAGUCUGUAGACACUGUUUCUGACUGGAUGACUGUUAAGACCAACUCCAGGGAGUCUUUCGGCCCAGUCAACUCCCGCACACACAGCCUGGACAAAUGAACCGUUCCCUGGGAAGAAUUCACCAGUCUGGGCAUGAGUCUACUGCAGUACAGCCCAAUGGGGAAGUAGAUGGAAAGAUAGCAGGUGAAGGAAGGAAUGAGAGAAAGGAGUCGCUUUUCUCCAACCUGGCAUGAUUCACCUUGACUCCUAGUCAAGGGUUGCAACAUUGCAUUGAUUUAAAAGGGAUUGUUAUGUUAAUUGAAAAAUCAUAAUUUGAUCAUUCUAAUUUAUGAGUUAUUAAUUGGUGAUGGUUGUUUUGCAGCUGUAAGGCGUUGGUUCAUUCUAUACCCUGUUAUAGGUGCAAUAUAGUAUUUCAUCUUGGUCAAGAUAUAGGUAGAGGUGAGAACAUACAUUUCCAUAUCCCUAAGAACCUCAAGUUUUAAUAGCAUGAAAACGAAAGGAUUUAUUAUCCUGUUUAUCUUGAAACUCUUUAACCAUCCAUCCUUUAUCAGAAAUAUAUGAGAUGCCAAGGGAUAGGGUAAAGGGUGGAUUGAAUCAUUUGGAAUUGAGCUUUCUGGAAAUACAACCAAUUAUUUUUGAUGGAGGUGAGCAAACCACGUUGGUAGAAUGCAGGGUAUGAGCUUCUUUAUGUUCAUGCUUUAUGAGUCAACUGUAAAUAAAUAAUUGAAUAGGUUUUUAGUAAAGCCAACUGCGGCCGAUACAAAUUGUUAAAAUCAAAUCAAAUGUUAUUUGUCGCAUACACAUAUUUAGCAGAUGUUAUUGCCGGUGUAGCGAAAUGCUUGUGUUCCUAGCUCCAACAGUACAGUAGUAUGUAACAUAAAUAUAUUAAACAUAAAUAUUUAAAACCCCUUGGACCUUGCACGCCCGAUUUUCCCUCCUGGUUAGCUAUUUAAUAUUCUACCUACCAAUGUGACAUGGCGUGAGCCAUACCUUAAACAAAUGUGUGUCUAUGUAUAUAAAUGUAAAUCCAUAUGUACUUUCUCAGACGCCCUGGGCCAGUAAUACAUAGAUAAAUGUAGGGAACUACAAAGUGAGUGAGUGUCUGAUCUUACAACCAUACUUAUAAUAAAGGGGCUCUACUCAUUCAGAUCCGCUUCAGCCAACAUCCCCAUAGUGGUUGUUUCGGCGGUGUCUGAGGUGGAACUGUGUUAGAGCUGUGAGAUCCACAAGCAGCUCCUGCCAUUAUACCUAAAGCGGACAUUGCCAUUGGCUGCACAGAGUCGCAUUAAGAUAAAUUCCAUGCAGCCUUGUUUACAAGUUUCAAACACUAGAACGUGAGAUGUAAUCUACACCUCGAUUAGGCUGGUAGAAAUCCUAAUUUUGUUUAAUGAUUUUGAGCAUAAUUAUUUCUAGAUAUACACUUCCUUGUUCUGAACGUCUAACUCGAGUGGGACAAUUGCAAGAGCAGCUGCUCACCGAUUUGACAGCUCCAACACAGUUACUCCUCCGACACCGCCAAAACAUCAACUGUGUGGGUGUCGGCUAUCGCCGAUUAACGCUUGAUCUGAUUGAAUCUUGGCCUUAACCUUUCGUCCAGUUUGCAAAUAUCUAUCGUUACAAAAUGGAUUCCCAUUUUUGCAUACUGGUACUGCCAAUAUAACACGCCAUAUUCUUUGUACAAAGUGUCUUUAUUGCAGUGAUGGGGAAUGGCAAAAGAAACCCAAACAGAAAGAAAGAAUCUAGACCCAACUGCAUGUAACACAUUCAUUAUCAGCUACAAUGCACAGUAAAACAAAUGAAAAAUACAAACAAUCCUGCCUGGUCAAAUAAAAAUGAAGUGCAUAUAAUCAACGAAAAACAAAAUCGACUAUUUUUUACCCAUAAAACAUUAAAAGAAUGUAGAUACGUUGUGUGCAUAUGCACAAUAUAGGCCUAUGUAGACAAUUUCACCUCGUUUCAUACCAUUUUUAAUCCAGAUUUUAUACUCGAAACUUGAUUUAGUUGAUACUACACAGCAUCAACAAGAUGGCGUUUAAAAAAAAGCACACAGAAAAACCCUCCUGCCACUGAGAAUUGUGUUCAGAAGCUACAGAUGACCUUGAUGUAAUCAACUACCAUACCCCACAAUUGUGUCGGCAGUGCAGAUAAUGGCAUCGCUUUUGAUGAGUGGGUUUACUAAUAUAUUCAGUUCAUAUUGCCCUUACAAAAAAAGAUUGCAGUUUUGAAACUGCAGUCUACUGUGGUAUUUUGGAGCAAUAAUUGCAGCAUACUGCAGCUAUACUGCACUCUGACUGCAAUCUCUUUUCUUACCGGAAAACAUAUCCAUUCCCCAUUUAUUUUUGUUCUUCAGCAAAUAACUCUAUAACGAGACACUCAUUGACUGUCCAGCAAUAUAUUUUUUGCAUGCUUAGAUACUUAGAACAGCAAUAGACACGUAGUGACCAUGAGGACAACAGAUCAACUUGACUUUAAUGUAGACUCAUGGAGUCAACCACCAGAGGCAACAUACUGUAUGAUUGAGGAGAUUUAAAAUGUGCCAUGCUAUAUAAAAACAGCAGUGCUUUCAAAAUGGGGACCUAAAACUAAAAAGCUUUAACUCUGACAACUGAGGCACCUAGAAAAAAAAGCACAAGUCUUAUAUUGUUCCACAUAAUGUGAUGGAAAUUUACUCUGCCAUUUCUUCAUUUGAAAUGUCAGACUGCCAAGAAUAACACUGUUGCAGUUUUAAUAUCUUUCCGUUUACCCACAAACCAAAAUAAGACUUGUUCAACAUUCCAAGAAUUAAGCCCCAGAAAGAUCUUUGUCCCGAUAAGAGUUUGAUUGGGUUUACAGUGUAGUCAGCUACUGAUAGCACAUGACAAAAAGGCAUCCCUUCAACAUUUUACUCCCAAAUAGAGUAACACUCAGUGAAAGUUCUAAAAGAGAUUACAGUUGCACUUUCUUUUACAAUCUGUAUUUACUAGAGAAUUCAUUUAGCCUGGGUCAAAUACUUAAGAUGUGCUCAAUUUAGUUAACCAGACAGCCAACUCCAAGCACACAAGUAUUUGACACCCAUUUUUUCCCAAGAUCUGUUGAAUACUGUGAUAUACAACACUUGGAACGUAGAGUGACAUUUCCAAUGACUGAACUUGGUAGCAUACUUGUGAUUUUUCAGGAGUGAAGGAUAAAUACACUGUACUGUUUUACACAUUUAUUACGCAAUAAGUACUUGAUGAUAGUUUAAUAAACCCAUAUUGAUCACACAAUGUUCCAAGGUAUCAAUUGAACAGACACUGCAUCCCCUCUAGACCAUCAUUCAACCAUCAAAAUCAUAAUAAUUCUGCCAGCCAUCCAAUCAACAACUGAGAACAUACCAACUUCCUGAUAUGGGCUUAAUACUUGUACAUUCCUGUCCAUUGACAAGCUCCUCCCUUGGACGUAGCGGAACCGUGUUUGUUCCUAAUAUGUUCCUUCUGCCGACCACUUGGUUCUCAGUUCUAGGUGAAACGUGGUCGGACGGUUGCACACAGCUAACGAGUAACCCCAGACGCCAUACUGACUCAAAUCUACCAGUGGUUUAUGGUCAUAUCAGUGAGGGGUGUAGACUAGAGCCGUCUUUAGAAAGACAAGGGUACAGGGGUCAGCCUAGGCUUGGUCCCCCCCUCUGUUCUAGGCUUUGUCCUUGCGCUUCAGCUUGUUGACUUUCUUCGCUCCGCCGUUCUUGUUGAUUAACUUCAUGACUUUCUCCUUGUGGUCCAGCACCUUCAUCAUGGCAUCUCUAGCUUCAGUGAUCUGGUCCAUCACCAGCUUACAGCGCUGCAUGUUACCCUGGGGGGGGGAGACAAUUCAAGAUGGCUGACUGACAUUCAUAACAAAGGCCCAGGUAGAUUUUCCCUUGAGCCCUCAGAAAUUAUAUACACCUGCCUGUGGAAUUGAUUAAACAACAGACCAAAUACUGCUAUAGAGCAGCAUGCCUCACUUUAAUAUGAGUGUAGUAGCAGUGUUUACGGGAAUAGUAAGUUCUUAGAUAUUGUGCUCAGGAAAACCUGUUUGGUUUGUAGGCUAUAACUAAGGGCCAGAGUUUUUUCUGGUCAAGUCUGCAGGUCUGGGAAAACUCUGGGCCUCCCCAUGAGCAGCAGACAUGCAUGGAUUUCCUUUGUGUUGUUGCGUGUAUGACCUCUGACCUGUAUGAGCUCGUUGAUACGGUGCAUGUCAUCAUCCGACCCGGCCUUCUUCUUUGGGAUCAGGCCCUCUUGGAGGGUAGUGAGGCGGCUGUACACGUCAUGCUCCAGACUAGUCUGGGGAGAGAGAGGGGAUACAAUAGAGAGACCAAUACAACAUGAUUGAUGUUACAAAUGACUGCUAUUCAGGAGGACAAUUACUGUAUCUUGUUCUAAGAAAAUAUGGGUAUAGAACCACCUCAUUGUCUUCCGACGGCUACGUCAAACAAUGUGAAGUGUUGCCAUGAAGCACCAUCAGCGCAGAUGGCCGUGGUGCUAAAUGACCUGAGACAGUGAGAUCCACUUGGAUAACUUUAAGAGUCACCCUUUUUCACGCCAACUUCAUAACGCUAAGGAUCUCUUUCUGUUGUGCUUAAAAUCCAGCUAACUGCACGUGAAAGGGAAGAGUUUCUCACCAGCUGCAUGAGCUGUGCUGCACACAGGUGCAUCUUCCAGCCCUGUGCUCUGCACACCACCCCCUUCUGAUUGGCUACAUCCUGCAGGGUGCCCUUCUUCUCCUCUGAAACCACGACAACACACCAUUAAGCCAUGUUAUAAUAUAAUAAUACCUUCAACAACACACCAUUAACCCAAUGAGCUACAUACGUCCGUGGUGUACCAUUACAUUUAUCCAUUUCUUCUGCAUCCGUAGAUGCCAACCAUUAGUAUGUGAGAUUAAUUGAGGCUGAGCUAGUGGUGUUUGAGACACCCCAGAAUAGUUUGUAGCUCAAACUAUUAAAAGCUGUUUAUGAAAAGAUUCAUGAACAUGUGACAUGUUUUGCUCUAUGAUGCCCACAAGCCACAGAAGAGUCAGUCAUUAGAAGGUAAGGUGUUUAUAGAAGACUGUAGAAAAUCACAGGACAUGUGUCAAUAAUACUGUAAUAAGCUCACAGUUGCUGUCACAAACUCCAAACAUUUGUCACUGCCUGGUGGAUAUUAAUUUCCCAAUGAGGAAACAAUUUCUGUACUUACAGCAUUCGUAUAAAUACAUUUUUGAAACAGGUUUUUACUUUGGCAGACCUCAUUUUUGUUAUUGACAUUUGUGAAUAAAAUUCAUGAAUGCAACUAUUUGUCAAAUUGUUUUGUGUUCUACUUACAGCCCUGGUUACCCGGACAAUAGUAAAAACACUUCAUUGUGAGGAUAUAUAUAAAGUGCUGGACAGCCACAUAAAUGAAGGUCAGAUAAAUGAAAAGGUGAUUUUUGCUAGGGUCUCGGGUCUGACAGGGUUAAGCCAUCUUAUAACAAUACAGUAACACCUUCAACACAAGAGGUCGACCGAUUAUGAUUUUUCAACGCCGAUAACGAUUAUUGGAGGACCAAAAAAAGCUGAUGGAGAUUAAAA